CUCAGCCAUUCUCCACAGCCCGAAGUUACGACCACAUAGCAAAGAGAGAGAAAAAAGUGUUGGAGAGAGAGGAAGGGAUAGAAAGAAAAAAAGAAAGUUAUCCAAAAACUCUGAGCGCUUCGGACAGUUGGAACAGAAGGCGUUUUGCGGCUGUGGCAGAAAGGCGUGCGCAACAGAGGAUGCUCAUGCCAAGGUGUUAAACCUUUUUGGAAGCAGUGAACUGCUCCCAGGGAGAGAUACUUGGGCUGAGCCCAUCCUAGAGGAUAACUCAAGGGGAAAAGGAGAUCAAGGAUUAGAAAUGGCUGACGAAGAGGACACAAGAGAAGUGCUCUUCCCUCAGUGGAUGGGCCCUGAUAAACAUGGGCUUACAAUAGAGCAAAAGGCUCAUGGAGAAAUUUUUGUCACAGAAGUGAAAGAAGAAUCCCCUGCUGCUCAUACUGGGAGAGUAUUUGAAGGUGAUCAAAUUGUUGGUGCCACAAUCUACUUUGAGAAUAUGAGCUCAGAAGAAACAGCAGAGUUGUUGAAGACGCUUAACAGACACAAAGUUGGACUAAAACUACAGCACAAGACGGGAGACAAAUCACCUUGUCGCUCUCCCAUGGGCACAUUGUCAUGGGAAGCACAAACUGGAUUUGGAGGUUCUAGUCCUGAUAUAGUCCUGAGUGGGGAUGACGAGGAGUACAGGAGAAUCUACACUAAGAAAAUUAAGCCCAGACUGAAGUCUGAGGACCUUGCAGAGGGAGUUGAUGUACGUACAGAACGUCACAGCAGCACGAGCAGUGAUGGCAGCACCAUUACAACCAUUACACGCCGUAUCACUACAUACACUGUGGACAUACCAGGGGGAUCUGGCCAGCAACAGAUUGAUAUUUCAAGCCCAGAAUUCAAACUUAAUGUUUCAGAGGGGAGCUCUGCUCAAACUAAAUUGCCUCAUGGAAGCAUAAUAAGCAGGGUCAGUGGGCAAGAGGCUUUAGAUCUUGGUGAAGGUAGAGUAAAAGAUCCAAAAGGCUCCUCUGAGAAGCACUGGAGUACAGCACAUGUCAAAACAUCAUUUACAACAGAAGGAACAGAGGGAAGUGGGAAGGAUUUGAAAUUAAAUAGAUAUGACACUGGACUGACAACAGCAAAAGCACUUGGAGGAGAAGGGUCUUCAGAAUUGAUUCAGUAUGAUUAUAGUGUAAGGGGCCAAGGCUCACUCACAUCAGACACACAAACAGGUUAUACUGAUCUCUCAGUUAAACCUGGCAUAGGGACAGAUAAGAAUCUGGUAAGCAAUAGUGAACAAUUGUUGAAAAUGAAACGUGAAGUUACUAUUUCAGGUAAAGAAGCUGAAAAGAAUAUUGAAUCACCCAAAGUGAACAUUACAGGUGCAGAGGAAUCAAAAGGAGGAAUGAAGAUGUCAAAAAUAAGUGUGUCAUCAAUUGAAAUUAAAGGUCCAAAGGCUAAGAGUGAUGCAGACACAGUUUUACAGAGUGAAAUAAAAGCAGCAAAAAUGGACAUCAAGGCUCCUGGCAUUGUAGACCCUAAGCUAAAAUUGACAUCCAUUUCUGGUUCAGAAAUUAAUAUUAAGAGUCUUAAGGCAAAAGGAGAAGUUGAUGUUUCAGUACCAAAUGUUGAAGGGUCCAAAAAAGCACCACAAAUCGACAUUAGACAUCCAGUGGUUAGUAUAGAGGGCUCUGAUGGAGGAAUAACAAUGCCAGAAAUAAUUAUGCCUUCAAUUCAACUUCAAGGGCCGAAGGUUGACGGUCCUAAUGUAGAUGCAAGUCUUCACAAAGCUGAUGUUGACAUAAAAGGACUCAAUAUAGACAUGUCAACAAAUGUUGACAUUGAGGGACAUAAGGGAAAAGUGAAGGGUCCAAAAGUGAAGAUGCCAUCCAUUUCUGGUCCAAAUAUCUCCAUGAGUGAUGUAGAUGUGAAUCUCAAAGGCUCUAAUAUUAAAUCGGAUGUUGACAUUUCACUUGCAAAAGUUGAAGGGGACAUUAAGGCACCAAAAGUAGAUGUUAAAGUUCCACAUGUUGAAACUGAAGGACCUGAAGGAGGAUUUAAAAUGCCAAAAAUCAAGAUGCCUUCUUAUGGAGUUAUAGGUCCAAAAGUUGAGGAACUUGAUGUUGAUACUCGUCUUGCGAAAGCUGAAGUUCAUGUUUCAGUGCCAGAAGUUGGAGGCGAUAUCAAAGCACCUAAAGUUGACAUCAGAGGUCCACAAAUUGAUACCGAAGGCCCUGAAGGAGGAUUCAAAAUGCCAAAAAUCAAAAUGCCAUCAUUUAGUGUUAAAGGUCUAAAGGGUGAAGGGCCUGAUGUAAAUCUUCCAGAACGUGAAGUAGACAUUAAAAGGCCAUCCAUAGAUGUGAAGACACCAGAAGUUGAUAUUGAAGGACCGGAGGGAAAAUUGAAGGGUCCAAAGAUCUCAAUGCCAGAUGUGGAUUUCAACCUCAAGGGCCCUAAGGUAAAAAGAGAAGUUGAUGCUUCUUUUCCAAAACUUGAAGGGGAAAUAAAAACUCAAAAAGUGGACAUCAGAAGUCCACAUGUUGACAUUGACGGACCUGAAGGAAAAGUGAAGGGUCCAAAAUUUAAGGUGCCAACCUUAUCUGGCCCAAAGAUCUCAAUGCCUGAUGUGGACAUUAAAGGCCCUAAAUUAAAAGGGGAUGUGGAUGUCUCAGUUCCCAAGAUUGAGGGUGACAUUAAAGCACCAAAAGUUGACAUAGAAGGUCCAGAUGUGGAUGUUGAGGGAUCAGGAGGCUUCAAGAUGCCUAAAAUCAAGAUGCCAACAUUUAACGUCAAAAGUCCAAAAGUUGAGGGCCCUGAUAUUGAUGUAAAUCUACCAAAGUCAGAUAUUGAUGUCAAAGGCCCUAAGAUUGAUGUAAAAUGCCCAGAUAUUGACAUUGAAGGACCAGAAGGGAAAAUCAAAGGUCCUAAAUUCAAAAUGCCAACCAUAUCUGGUCCAAAUAUCUCAAUGCCAGAUAUAGACUUUAAUCUUAAAGGCCCCAAAUUAAAAGGGGAUGUGGAUGUCUCAGUUCCCAAAAUUGAGGGAGACAUUAAAGCACCAAAAGUUGACAUAGAAGGUCCAGAUGUGGAUAUUGAGGGAUCAGGAGGCUUCAAGAUGCCUAAAAUCAAAAUGCCAACGUUUGGCAUCAAAGGUCCAAAAGUUGAGGGCCCUGAUAUUGAUGUAAAUCUACCAAAGGCAGAUCUUGAUGUCAAAGGCCCUAAGAUUGAUGUGAAAAGCCCAGAUAUUGACAUUGAAGGACCAGAAGGGAAAAUCAAAGGUCCCAAAUUCAAAAUGCCAACCAUGUCCGGUCCAAAGAUCUCAAUGCCUGAUGUGGACUUGAAUCUUAAAGGACCUAAAUUGAAAGGAGAUGUGGAUGUCUCAGUUCCCAAGAUUGAGGGUGACAUUAAAGCACCAAAAGUUGACAUAGAAGGUCCAGAUGUGGAUAUUGAGGGAUCAGGAGGCUUCAAGAUGCCUAAAAUCAAGAUGCCAACGUUUGGCGGCAAAGGUCCAAAAGUUGAGGGCCCAGAUAUUGAUGUAAAUCUACCAAAGGCAGAUAUUGAUAUCAAAGGCCCUAAGAUUGAUGUGAAAUGCCCCGAUGUUGACAUCGAAGUACCAGAAGGAAAAAUCAAAGGUCCCAAAUUCAAAAUGCCAACCAUGUCCGGUCCCAAGAUCUCAAUGCCUGAUGUGGACUUUAAUCUUAAAGGACCUAAAUUGAAAGGGGACGUGGAUGUCUCAGUUCCCAAAAUUGAGGGAGACAUUAAAGCACCCAAAGUUGACAUUGAAGGUCCAGAUGUGGAUAUUGAGGGAUCAGGAGGCUUCAAGAUGCCUAAAAUCAAGAUGCCAACGUUUGGCGGCAAAGGUCCAAAAGUUGAGGGCCCUGAUAUUGAUGUAAAUCUACCAAAGGCAGAUAUUGAUGUCAAAGGCCCUAAGAUUGAUGUGAAAUGCCCUGAUGUUGACAUUGAAGGACCAGAAGGGAAAAUCAAAGGUCCCAAAUUCAAAAUGCCAACCAUGUCCGGUCCCAAGAUCUCAAUGCCUGAUGUGGACUUUAAUCUUAAAGGACCUAAAUUGAAAGGGGACGUGGAUGUCUCAGUUCCCAAAAUUGAGGGAGACAUUAAAGCACCCAAAGUUGACAUUGAAGGUCCAGAUGUAGAUAUUGAGGGAUCAGGAGGCUUCAAGAUGCCUAAAAUCAAGAUGCCAACGUUUGGCGGCAAAGGUCCAAAAGUUGAGGGCCCUGAUAUUGAUGUAAAUCUACCAAAGGCAGAUAUUGAUGUCAAAGGCCCUAAGAUUGAUGUGAAAUGCCCUGAUGUUGACAUUGAAGGACCAGAAGGGAAAAUCAAAGGUCCCAAAUUCAAAAUGCCAACCAUGUCCGGUCCCAAGAUCUCAAUGCCUGAUGUGGACUUUAAUCUUAAAGGACCUAAAUUGAAAGGGGACGUGGAUGUCUCAGUUCCCAAAAUUGAGGGAGACAUUAAAGCACCCAAAGUUGACAUUGAAGGUCCAGAUGUAGAUAUUGAGGGAUCAGGAGGCUUCAAGAUGCCUAAAAUCAAGAUGCCAACGUUUGGCGGCAAAGGUCCAAAAGUUGAGGGCCCUGAUAUUGAUGUAAAUCUACCAAAGGCAGAUAUUGAUGUCAAAGGCCCUAAGAUUGAUGUGAAAUGCCCUGAUGUUGACAUUGAAGGACCAGAAGGGAAAAUCAAAGGUCCCAAAUUCAAAAUGCCAACCAUGUCCGGUCCCAAGAUCUCAAUGCCUGAUGUGGACUUUAAUCUUAAAGGACCUAAAUUGAAAGGGGACGUGGAUGUCUCAGUUCCCAAAAUUGAGGGAGACAUUAAAGCACCCAAAGUUGACAUUGAAGGUCCAGAUGUAGAUAUUGAGGGAUCAGGAGGCUUCAAGAUGCCUAAAAUCAAGAUGCCAACGUUUGGCGGCAAAGGUCCAAAAGUUGAGGGCCCUGAUAUUGAUGUAAAUCUACCAAAGGCAGAUAUUGAUGUCAAAGGCCCUAAGAUUGAUGUGAAAUGCCCUGAUGUUGACAUUGAAGGACCAGAAGCAAAAAUCAAAGGUCCCAAAUUCAAAAUGCCAACCAUGUCCGGUCCCAAGGUCUCAAUGCCUGAUGUGGACUUCAAUCUAAAAGGCCCUAAAUUAAAAGGGGAUGUGGAUGUCUCAGUUCCCAAGAUUGAGGGAGACAUUAAAGCACCAAAAGUUGACAUUGAAGGUCCAGAUGUGGAUAUUGAGGGAUCAGGAGGCUUCAAGAUGCCUAAAAUCAAAAUGCCAACGUUUGGCAUCAAAGGUCCAAAAGUUGAGGGCCCUGAUAUUGAUGUAAAUCUACCAAAGGCAGAUCUUGAUGUCAAAGGCCCUAAGAUUGAUGUGAAAAGCCCAGAUAUUGACAUUGAAGGACCAGAAGGGAAAAUCAAAGGUCCCAAAUUCAAAAUGCCAACCAUGUCCGGUCCAAAGAUCUCAAUGCCUGAUGUGGACUUGAAUCUUAAAGGACCUAAAUUGAAAGGAGAUGUGGAUGUCUCAGUUCCCAAGAUUGAGGGUGACAUUAAAGCACCAAAAGUUGACAUAGAAGGUCCAGAUGUGGAUAUUGAGGGAUCAGGAGGCUUCAAGAUGCCUAAAAUCAAGAUGCCAACGUUUGGCGCCAAAGUUCCAAAAGUUGAGGGCCCAGAUAUUGAUGUAAAUCUACCAAAGGCAGAUAUUGAUAUCAAAGGCCCUAAGAUUGAUGUGAAAUGCCCCGAUGUUGACAUUGAAGUACCAGAAGGAAAAAUCAAAGGUCCCAAAUUCAAAAUGCCAACCAUGUCCGGUCCCAAGAUCUCAAUGCCUGAUGUGGACUUUAAUCUUAAAGGACCUAAAUUGAAAGGGGACGUGGAUGUCUCAGUUCCCAAAAUUGAGGGAGACAUUAAAGCACCGAAAGUUGACAUUGAAGGUCUAGAUGUGGAUAUUGAGGGAUCAGGAGGCUUCAAGAUGCCUAAAAUCAAGAUGCCAACUUUUGGCGGCAAAGGUCCAAAAGUUGAGGGCCCUGAUAUUGAUGUAAAUCUACCAAAGGCAGAUAUUGAUGUCAAAGGCCCUAAGAUUGAUGUGAAAUGCCCUGAUGUUGACAUUGAAGGACCAGAAGGGAAAAUCAAAGGUCCCAAAUUCAAAAUGCCAACCAUGUCCGGUCCCAAGGUCUCAAUGCCUGAUGUGGACUUUAAUCUUAAAGGACCUAAAUUGAAAGGAGAUGUGGAUGUCUCAGUUCCCAAGAUUGAGGGUGACAUUAAAGCACCGAAAGUUGACAUUGAAGGUCCAGAUGUGGAUAUUGAGGGAUCACGAGGCUUCAAGAUGCCUAAAAUCAAGAUGCCAACAUUUGGCAUCAAAGGUCCAAAAGUUGAGGGCCCUGAUAUUGAUGUAAAUCUACCAAAGGCAGAUAUUGAUGUCAAAGGCCCUAAGAUUGAUGUGAAAUGCCCUGAUGUUGACAUUGAAGGACCAGAAGGGAAAAUCAAAGGUCCCAAAUUCAAAAUGCCAACCAUGUCCGGUCCCAAGGUCUCAAUGCCUGAUGUGGACUUUAAUCUUAAAGGACCUAUAUUGAAAGGAGAUGUGGAUGUCUCAGUUCCCAAGAUUGAGGGUGACAUUAAAGCACCGAAAGUUGACAUUGAAGGUCCAGAUGUGGAUAUUGAGGGAUCAGGAGGCUUCAAGAUGCCUAAAAUCAAAAUGCCAACGUUUGGCAUCAAAGGUCCAAAAGUUGAGGGCCCUGAUAUUGAUGUAAAUCUACCAAAGGCAGAUCUUGAUGUCAAAGGUCCUAAGAUUGAUGUGAAACGCCCAGAUAUUGACAUUGAAGGACCAGAAGGGAAAAUCAAAGGUCCCAAAUUCAAAAUGCCAACCAUAUCCGGUCCAAAUAUCUCAAUGCCUGAUGUGGACUUUAAUCUAAAGGGACCUAAAUUGAAAGGGGAUGUGGAUGUCUCAGUUCCCAAGAUUGAGGGUGACAUUAAAGCACCGAAAGUUGACAUUGAAGGUCCAGAUGUGGAUAUUGAGGGAUCAGGAGGCUUCAAGAUGCCUAAAAUCAAGAUGCCAACGUUUGGCGGCAAAGGUCCAAAAGUUGAGGGACCUGAUAUUGAUGUAAAUCUACCAAAGGCAGAUCUUGAUGUCAAAGGCCCUAAGAUUGAUCUGAAAAGCCCUGAUAUUGAGAUUGAUGGACCUGAAGGAAAAAUCUAAGGUCGCUUAUUCAUAAUGCCAUCCAUGUCCGGUCCCAAGAUCUCAAUGCCUGAUGUGGACUUCAAAUCUAAAGGACCUAAAUUGAAAGGGGAUGUGGAUUUCUCAGCUCCGAAGAUUGAGGGUGACAUUAAAGCACCAAAAGUUGACAUUGAAGGUCCAGAUGUGGAUAUUGAGGGAUCAGGAGGCUUCAAGAUGCCUAAAUUCAAAAUGCCAACUUUUGGCGGCAAAGGUCCAAAAGUUGAGGGCCCUGAUAUUGAUGUAAAUCUACCAAAGACGGAUAUUGAUGUCAAAGGUCCUAAGAUUGAUCUGAAAAGCCCAGAUAUUGACAUUGAAGGACCAGAAGGGAAAAUCAAAGGUCCCAAAUUCAAAAUGCCAACCAUAUCCGGUCCAAAUAUCUCAAUGCCUGAUGUGGACUUUAAUCUAAAGGGACCUAAAUUGAAAGGGGAUGUGGAUGUCUCAGUUCCCAAGAUUGAGGGUGACAUUAAAGCACCGAAAGUUGACAUUGAAGGUCCAGAUGUGGAUAUUGAGGGAUCAGGAGGCUUCAAGAUGCCUAAAAUCAAGAUGCCAACGUUUGGCGGCAAAGGUCCAAAAGUUGAGGGACCUGAUAUUGAUGUAAAUCUACCAAAGGCAGAUCUUGAUGUCAAAGGCCCUAAGAUUGAUCUGAAAAGCCCUGAUAUUGACCUUGAAGGACCAGAAGGGAAAAUCAAAGGUCCCAAAUUCAAAAUGCCAACCAUGUCCGGUCCCAAGAUCUCAAUGCCUGAUGUGGACUUCAAACUAAAAGGACCUAAAUUAAAAGGGGAUGUGGAUUUCUCAGCUCCGAAGAUUGAGGGUGACAUUAAAGCACCAAAAGUUGACAUUGAAGGUCCAGAUGUGGAUAUUGAGGGAUCAGGAGGCUUCAAGAUGCCUAAAUUCAAAAUGCCAACUUUUGGCGGCAAAGGUCCAAAAGUUGAGGGCCCUGAUAUUGAUGUAAAUCUACCAAAGACGGAUAUUGAUGUCAAAGGUCCUAAGAUUGAUGUGAAACGCCCAGAUAUUGACAUUGAAGGACCAGAAGGGAAAAUCAAAGGUCCCAAAUUCAAAAUGCCAACCAUAUCCGGUCCAAAUAUCUCAAUGCCUGAUGUGGACUUUAAUCUUAAAGGACCUAAAUUGAAAGGAGAUGUGGAUGUCUCAGUUCCCAAGAUUGAGGGUGACAUUAAAGCACCAAAAGUUGACAUAGAAGGUCCAGAUGUGGAUAUUGAGGGAUCAGGAGGCUUCAAGAUGCCUAAAUUCAAAAUGCCAACUUUUGGCGGCAAAGGUCCAAAAGUUGAGGGCCCUGAUAUUGAUGUAAAUCUACCAAAGACGGAUAUUGAUGUCAAAGGUCCUAAGAUUGAUCUGAAAAGCCCAGAUAUUGACAUUGAAGGACCAGAAGGGAAAAUCAAAGGUCCCAAAUUCAAAAUGCCAACCAUAUCCGGUCCAAAUAUCUCAAUGCCUGAUGUGGACUUUAAUCUAAAGGGACCUAAAUUGAAAGGGGAUGUGGAUGUCUCAGUUCCCAAGAUUGAGGGUGACAUUAAAGCACCGAAAGUUGACAUUGAAGGUCCAGAUGUGGAUAUUGAGGGAUCAGGAGGCUUCAAGAUGCCUAAAAUCAAGAUGCCAACGUUUGGCGGCAAAGGUCCAAAAGUUGAGGGACCUGAUAUUGAUGUAAAUCUACCAAAGGCAGAUCUUGAUGUCAAAGGCCCUAAGAUUGAUCUGAAAAGCCCUGAUAUUGACCUUGAAGGACCAGAAGGGAAAAUCAAAGGUCCCAAAUUCAAAAUGCCAACCAUGUCCGGUCCCAAGAUCUCAAUGCCUGAUGUGGACUUCAAACUAAAAGGACCUAAAUUAAAAGGGGAUGUGGAUUUCUCAGCUCCGAAGAUUGAGGGUGACAUUAAAGCACCAAAAGUUGACAUUGAAGGUCCAGAUGUGGAUAUUGAGGGAUCAGGAGGCUUCAAGAUGCCUAAAUUCAAAAUGCCAACUUUUGGCGGCAAAGGUCCAAAAGUUGAGGGCCCUGAUAUUGAUGUAAAUCUACCAAAGACGGAUAUUGAUGUCAAAGGUCCUAAGAUUGAUGUGAAACGCCCAGAUAUUGACAUUGAAGGACCAGAAGGGAAAAUCAAAGGUCCCAAAUUCAAAAUGCCAACCAUAUCCGGUCCAAAUAUCUCAAUGCCUGAUGUGGACUUUAAUCUUAAAGGACCUAAAUUGAAAGGAGAUGUGGAUGUCUCAGUUCCCAAGAUUGAGGGUGACAUUAAAGCACCAAAAGUUGACAUAGAAGGUCCAGAUGUGGAUAUUGAGGGAUCAGGAGGCUUCAAGAUGCCUAAAUUCAAAAUGCCAACUUUUGGCGGCAAAGGUCCAAAAGUUGAGGGCCCUGAUAUUGAUGUAAAUCUACCAAAGACGGAUAUUGAUGUCAAAGGUCCUAAGAUUAAUCUGAAAAGCCCAGAUAUUGACAUUGAAGGACCAGAAGGGAAAAUCAAAGGUCCCAAAUUCAAAAUGCCAACCAUAUCCGGUCCAAAUAUCUCAAUGCCUGAUGUGGACUUUAAUCUAAAGGGACCUAAAUUGAAAGGGGAUGUGGAUGUCUCAGUUCCCAAGAUUGAGGGUGACAUUAAAGCACCGAAAGUUGACAUUGAAGGUCCAGAUGUGGAUAUUGAGGGAUCAGGAGGCUUCAAGAUGCCUAAAAUCAAGAUGCCAACGUUUGGCGGCAAAGGUCCAAAAGUUGAGGGACCUGAUAUUGAUGUAAAUCUACCAAAGGCAGAUCUUGAUGUCAAAGGCCCUAAGAUUGAUCUGAAAAGCCCUGAUAUUGACCUUGAAGGACCAGAAGGGAAAAUCAAAGGUCCCAAAUUCAAAAUGCCAACCAUGUCCGGUCCCAAGAUCUCAAUGCCUGAUGUGGACUUCAAACUAAAAGGACCUAAAUUAAAAGGGGAUGUGGAUGUCUCAGCUCCGAAGAUUGAGGGUGACAUUAAAGCACCAAAAGUUGACAUUGAAGGUCCAGAUGUGGAUAUUGAGGGAUCAGGAGGCUUCAAGAUGCCUAAAUUCAAAAUGCCAACUUUUGGCGGCAAAGGUCCAAAAGUUGAGGGCCCUGAUAUUGAUGUAAAUCUACCAAAGACGGAUAUUGAUGUCAAAGGUCCUAAGAUUGAUGUGAAACGCCCAGAUAUUGACAUUGAAGGACCAGAAGGGAAAAUCAAAGGUCCCAAAUUCAAAAUGCCAACCAUAUCCGGUCCAAAUAUCUCAAUGCCUGAUGUGGACUUUAAUCUUAAAGGACCUAAAUUGAAAGGAGAUGUGGAUGUCUCAGUUCCCAAGAUUGAGGGUGACAUUAAAGCACCCAAAGUUGACAUAGAAGGUCCAGAUGUGGAUAUUGAGGGAUCAGGAGGCUUCAAGAUGCCUAAAUUCAAAAUGCCAACUUUUGGCGGCAAAGGUCCAAAAGUUGAGGGCCCUGAAAUUGAUGUAAAUCUACCAAAGACGGAUAUUGAUGUCAAAGGUCCUAAGAUUGAUCUGAAAAGCCCAGAUAUAGACAUUGAAGGACCAGAAGGGAAAAUCAAAGGUCCCAAAUUCAAAAUGCCAACCAUAUCCGGUCCAAAUAUCUCAAUGCCUGAUGUAGACUUUAAUCUAAAGGGACCUAAAUUGAAAGGGGAUGUGGAUGUCUCAGUUCCCAAGAUUGAGGGUGACAUUAAAGCACCAAAAGUUGACAUAGAAGGUCCAGAUGUGGAUAUUGAGGGAUCAGGAGGCUUCAAGAUGCCUAAAUUCAAAAUGCCAACUUUUGGCGGCAAAGGUCCAAAAGUUGAGGGCCCUGAUAUUGAUGUAAAUCUACCGAAGACGGAUAUUGAUGUCAAAGGUCCUAAGAUUGAUCUGAAAAGCCCUGAUAUUGACUUUGAAGGACCACAAGGGAAAAUCAAAGGUCCCAAAUUCAAAAUGCCAACCAUAUCCGGUCCAAAUAUCUCAAUGCCUGAUGUGGACUUUAAUCUUAAGGGACCUAAAUUGAAAGGGGAUGUGGAUGUCUCAGUUCCCAAGAUUGAGGGUGACAUUAAAGCACCGAAAGUUGACAUUGAAGGUCCAGAUGUGGAUAUUGAGGGAUCAGGAGGCUUCAAGAUGCCUAAAAUCAAGAUGCCAACAUUUGGCAUCAAAGGUCCAAAAGUUGAGGGACCUGAUAUUGAUGUAAAUCUACCAAAGGCAGAUCUUGAUGUCAAAGGCCCUAAGAUUGAUCUGAAAAGCCCUGAUAUUGACCUUGAAGGACCAGAAGGGAAAAUCAAAAGUCCCAAAUUUAAAAUGCCAACCAUGUCCGGUCCAAAGAUCUCAAUGCCUGAUGUGGACUUCAAUCUAAAAGGACCUAAAUUAAAAGGGGAUGUGAAUGUCUCAGUUCCCAAGAUUGAGGGUGACAUUAAAGCACCAAAAGUUGACAUUGAAGGUCCAGAUGUGGAUAUUGAGGGAUCAGGAGGCUUCAAGAUGCCUAAAUUCAAAAUGCCAACUUUUGGCGGCAAAGGUCCAAAAGUUGAGGGCCCUGAUAUUGAUGUAAAUCUAUCAAAGACGGAUAUUGAUGUCAAAGGUCCUAAGAUUGAUCUGAAAAGCCCAGAUAUUGACAUUGAAGGACCAGAAGGGAAAAUCAAAGGUCCCAAAUUCAAAAUGCCAACCAUAUCCGGUCCAAAUAUCUCAAUGCCAGAUAUAGAUUUUAAUCUUAAAGCACCUAAAUUGAAAGGAGAUGUGGAUGUCUCAGUUCCCAAGAUUGAGGGUGACAUUAAAGCACCAAAAGUCGACAUAGAAGGUCCAGAUGUGGAUAUUGAGGGAUCAGGAGGCUUCAAGAUGCCUAAAUUCAAAAUGCCAACUUUUGGCGGCAAAGGUCCAAAAGUUGAGGGCCCUGAUAUUGACAUAAAUCUUCCAACAACAGAUAUUGAUGUCAAAGGCCCAAAGAUUGAUCUGAAAAGUGCAGAUAUUGACAUUGAAGGACCAGAGGGGAAAAUCAAAGGUCCCAAAUUCAAAAUGCCAACUAUGUCCGGUCCCAAGAUCUCAAUGCCUGAUGUGGACUUUAAUCUUAAAGGACCUAAAUUGAAAGGAGAUGUGGAUGUCUCAGUUCCCAAGAUUGAGGGUGACAUUAAAGCACCAAAAGUUGACAUUGAAGGUCCAGAUGUGGAUAUUGAGGGAUCAGGAGGCUUCAAGAUGCCUAAAUUCAAAAUGCCAACUUUUGGCGGCAAAGGACCAAAAGUUGAGGGCCCUGAUAUUGAUGUAAAUCUACCAAAGACGGAUAUUGAUGUCAAAGGCCCUAAGAUUGAUCUGAAAAGCCCAGAUAUUGACAUUGAAGGACCAGAAGGGAAAAUCAAAGGUCCCAAAUUCAAAAUGCCAACCAUGUCUGGUCCCAAGAUCUCAAUGCCUGAUGUCGACUUUAAUCUUAAAGGACCAAAAUUCAAAGGAGAUGUGGAUGUCUCAGUUCCCAAGAUUAAGGGUGACAUUAAAGCACCGAAAGUUGACAUUGAAGGUCCAGAUGUGGAUAUUGAGGGAUCAGGAGGCUUCAAGAUGCCCAAAUUCAAAAUGCCAACUUUUGGCGGCAAAGGUCCAAAAGUUGAGGGCCCUGAUAUUGACAUAAAUCUUCCAACAACAGAUAUUGAUGUCAAAGGCCCUAAGAUUGAUCUGAAAAGCGCAGAUAUUGACAUUGAAGGACCAGAUGGGAAAAUCAAAGGUCCCAAAUUCAAAAUGCCAACCAUAUCUGGACCAAAUAUCUCAAUGCCUGAUGUGGACUUUAAUCUUAAAGGACCAAAAUUCAAAGGAGAUGUGGAUGUCUCAGUUCCCAAGAUUAAGGGUGACAUUAAAGCACCGAAAGUUGACAUUGAAGGUCCAGAUGUGGAUAUUGAGGGAUCAGGAGGCUUCAAGAUGCCCAAAUUCAAAAUGCCAACUUUUGGCGGCAAAGGUCCAAAAGUUGAGGGCCCUGAUAUUGACAUAAAUCUUCCAACAACAGAUAUUGAUGUCAAAGGCCCUAAGAUUGAUCUGAAAAGCGCAGAUAUUGACAUUGAAGGACCAGAUGGGAAAAUCAAAGGUCCCAAAUUCAAAAUGCCAACCAUAUCUGGACCAAAUAUCUCAAUGCCUGAUGUGGACUUUAAUCUAAAGGGACCUAAAUUUAAAGGAGAUGUGGAUGUCUCAGUUCCCAAGAUUGAGGGUGACAUUAAAGCACCGAAAGUUGACAUUGAAGGUCCAGAUGUGGAUAUUGAGGGAUCAGGAGGCUUCAAGAUGCCUAAAAUCAAAAUGCCAACGUUUGGCAUCAAAGGUCCAAAAGUUGAGGGCCCUGAUAUUGAUGUAAAUCUACCAAAGGCAGAUCUUGAUGUCAAAGGCCCUAAGAUUGAUCUGAAAAGCCCAGAUAUUGACAUUGAAGGACCAGAAGGGAAAAUCAAAGGUCCCAAAUUCAAAAUGCCGACCAUGUCCGGUCCAAAGAUCUCAAUGCCUGAUGUGGACUUUAAUCUUAAAGGACCUAAAUUUAAAGGAGAUGUGGAUGUCUCAGUUCCCAAGAUUGAGGGUGACAUUAAAGCACCAAAAGUUGACAUUGAAGGUCCAGAUGUGGAUAUUGAGGGAUCAGGAGGCUUCAAGAUGCCUAAAAUCAAGAUGCCAACUUUUGGUGGCAAAGUUCCAAAAGUUGAGGGCCCUGAUAUUGACAUAAAUCUUCCAACAACAGAUAUUGAUAUCAAAGGCCCUAAGAUUGAUCUGAAAAGCCCAGAUAUAGACAUUGAAGGACCAGAAGGGAAAAUCAAAGGUCCCAAAUUCAAAAUGCCAACCAUGUCCGGUCCAAAGAUCUCAAUGCCUGAUGUGGACUUUCAUCUUAAAGGACCUAAAUUGAAAGGAGAUGUGGAUGUCUCAGUUCCCAAGAUUGAGGGUGAUAUUAAAGCACCGAAAGUUGACAUUGAAGGUCCAGAUGUGGAUAUUGAGGGAUCAGGAGGCUUCAAGAUGCCUAAAAUCAAGAUGCCAACUUUUGGCGGCAAAGGUCCAAAAGUUGAGGGCCCUGAUGUUGACAUAAAUCUUCCAACAACAGAUAUUGAUGUCAAAGGCCCUAAGAUUGAUCUGAAAAGCGCAGAUAUUGACAUUGAAGGACCAGAGGGGAAAAUCAAAGGUCCAAAAUUCAAAAUGCCAACCAUAUCUGGUCCAAAUAUCUCAAUGCCUGAUGUGGACUUUAAUCUAAAGGGACCUAAAUUGAAAGGAGAUGUGGAUGUCUCAGUUCCCAAGAUUGAGGGUGACAUUAAAGCACCAAAAGUUGACAUUGAAGGUCCAGAUGUGGAUAUUGAGGGAUCAGGAGGCUUCAAGAUGCCUAAAAUCAAAAUGCCAACGUUUGGCAUCAAAGGUCCAAAACUUGAUGGCCCUGAUAUUGAUGUAAAUCUACCAAAGGCAGAUCUUGAUGUCAAAGGCCCUAAGAUUGAUCUGACAAGCCCAGAUAUUGACAUUGAAGGACCAGAAGGGAAAAUCAAAGGUCCCAAAUUCAAAAUGCCAACCAUGUCCGGUCCCAAGAUCUCAAUGCCUGAUAUGGACUUUAAUCUUAAAGGUCCGAAAUUCAAAGGAGAUGUGGAUGUCUCAGUUCCCAAGAUUGAGGGUGACAUUAAAGCACCGAAAGUUGACAUUGAAGGUCCAGAUGUGGAUAUUGAGGGAUCAGGAGGCUUCAAGAUGCCUAAAUUCAAAAUUCCAACUUUUGGCGGCAAAGGUCCAAAAGUUGAGGGCCCUGAUAUUGACAUAAAUCUUCCAUCAACAGAUAUUGAUGUCAAAGGCCCUAAGAUUGAUCUGAAAAGCCCAGAUAUUCACAUCGAAGGACCAGAAGGGAAAAUCAAAGGUCCCAAAUUCAAAAUGCCAACCAUAUCCGGUCCAAACAUCUCAAUGCCUGAUGUUGACUUCAAUCUUAAAGGACCUAAAUUGAAAGGAGAUGUGGAUGUCUCAGUUCCCAAGAUUGAGGGUGACCUUAAAGCACCGAAAGUUGACAUUGAAGGUCCAGAUGUGGAUAUUGAGGGAUCAGGAGGCUUCAAGAUGCCUAAAAUCAAGAUGCCAACUUUUGGUAUUAAAGGUCCAAAUGUUGAGGGCCCUGAUAUGGAUCUGCCCAAAGGUGAUGUUCAUUUAAAAGGCCCAGAUGUUGAUAUUGAGGGACCUGUAGGUAAAGUGAAGGGGCCUAAUUUUGAAAUAGAACGUGCCAAAAUUGACCUUGAUGUUCCUGGAGCUUCAGUCAAGAAGUCUAAAUUCAAAAUGCCAAAAUUUGGUUCGAAAGCACCCAAAAUUGAAGGACCAGAUGUUGAUGUUAAAGUACCAAAAGGUGAUGUCACUGUAGAAGCCAAAAGUCCAGAGGGUGGUUUUAAGAUGCCAAAAUUCAAGAUGCCAAAAUUCGGUUUCAAACAUUCUAAAGGGGACAUCCCAAGUGUUGACGAAUCAGAUGUAAAUGUUAACAUCAGAAGUCCAUCUGUUGAUAUUGAAGCUCCAGAGGGAAAAAUCAAAAGUCCAAAAAUUAAGAUGCCAACUCUCUCAGGGCCAAGUAUUACUUUGCCUGAUGUUGACUUGAAUCUUAAAGGCCCUAAAUUAAAAGGUGAUGUGGAUGUCUCAGUUCCCAAGAUUGAGGGUGACAUUAAAGCACCAAAAGUUGACAUAGAAGUUCCAGAUGUGGAUGUUGAGGGAUCAGGAGGGUUCAAGAUGCCUAAAAUCAAGAUGCCAACCUUUGGCACCAAACUUCCAAAUGUUGAGGGACCUGAUAUUGAUUUUAAUCCUCCAAAGGCAGAUAUUGAUGUUGAAGGACCAGAAGGGAAAAUCAAAGGUCCCAAAUUCAAAAUGCCAACUAUAUCCGGUCCAAAUAUCUCAAUGCCUGAUGUGGACUUUAACCUAAAGGGACCCAAAUUGAAAGGGGAUGUGGAUGUGUCCAUUCCCAAGAUGCAGGGUGACAUUAAAGCACCAAAAGUUGACAUAGAAGGUCCAGAUGUGGAUAUUGACGGAUCAGGAGGCUUGAAGAUGCCUAAAAUCAAAAUGCCAAAGUUUGGCGUCAAGGGUCCAAAACUUGAUGGCCCUGAUAUUGAUGUAAAUCUACCAGAGGCUGAUCUUAAUGUCAAAGGUCCUAAGAUUGAUCUGAAAAGCCCAGAUAUUGACAUUGAAGGACCAGAAGGGAAAAUCAAAGGUCCCAAAUUCAAAAUGCCAACCAUAUCCGGUCCAAAUAUCUCAAUGCCAGAUAUAGACUUUAAUCUUAAAGGACCCAAAUUAAAAGGGGAUGUGGAUGUCUCAGUUCCCAAGAUUGAGGGAGAAAUUAAAGCACCGAAAGUUGACAUUGAAGGUCCAGAUGUGGAUAUUGAGGGAUCAGGAGGCUUCAAGAUGCCUAAAUUCAAAAUGCCAACUUUUGGAGGCAAAGGUCCAAAAGUUGAGGGCCCUGAUAUUGAUGUAAAUCUACCAAAGGCAGAUAUUGAUGUCAAAGGUCCUAAGAUUGAUCUGAAAAGUCCAUCUAUUGACAUUGAAGGACCAGAAGGGAAAAUCAAAGGUCCCAAAUUCAAAAUGCCAAACAUAUCUGGUCCAAAUAUCUCAAUGCCUGAUGUGGACUUUAAUCUAAAGGGACCUAAAUUGAAAGGGGAUGUGGAUGUCUCAGUUCCCAAGAUUGAGGGUGACAUUAAAGCACCGAAAGUUGACAUUGAAGGUCCAGAUGUGGAUGUUGAGGGAUCAGGAGGCUUCAAGAUGCCUAAAAUCAAAAUGCCAUCAUUUGGCGUCAAAGUUCCAAAAGUUGAGGGCCCUGAUAUUGAUGUAAAUCUACCAAAGGCAGAUCUUGAUGUAAAAGGUCCUAAGAUUGAACUGAAAAGCCCAGAUAUUGACUUUGAAGGACCAGAAGGGAAAAUCAAAGGUCCCAAAUUCAAAAUGCCAACCAUGUCCGGUCCAAAGAUCUCAAUGCCUGAUGUGGACUUCAAUCUUAAAGGACCUAAAUUGAAAGGAGAUGUGGAUGUAUCAGUUCCCAAGAUUGAGGGUGACAUUAAAGCACCGAAAGUUGACAUUGAAGGUCCAGAUGUGGAUAUUGAGGGAUCAGGAGGCUUCAAGAUGCCAAAAAUCAAGAUGCCAACAUUUGGUGGCAAAGUUCCAAAAGUUGAGGGCCCUGAUAUUGACGUAAAUCUACCAAAGGCAGAUCUUGAUGUCAAAGGCCCUAAGAUUGAUCUGAAAAGUCCAGAUAUUGACAUUGACGGACCAGAAGGGAAAAUCAAAGGUCCCAAAUUCAAAAUGCCAACCAUAUCCGGUCCAAAUAUCUCAAUGCCAGAUAUAGACUUUAAUCUUAAAGGCCCCAAAUUAAAAGGGGAUGUGGAUGUCUCAGUUCCCAAGAUUGAGUGUGACAUUAAAGCACCGAAAGUUGACAUAGAAGGUCCAGAUGUGGAUAUUGAGGGAUCAGGAGGCUUCAAGAUGCCUAAAAUGAAGAUGCCAACUUUUGGCGGCAAAGUUCCUAAAGUUGAGGGCCCUGAUAUUGAUGUAAAUCUACCAAAGACUGAUAUUGAUGUCAAAGGUCCUAAGAUUGAUCUGAAAACCCCAGAUAUUGACAUCGAAGGACCAGAAGGGAAAAUCAAAGGUCCCAAAUUCAAAAUGCCAACCAUAUCCGGUCCAAAUAUCUCCAUGCCUGAUGUAGACUUUAAUCUCAAAGGCCCCAAAUUAAAAGGGGACGUGGAUGUCUCAGUUCCCAAGAUUAAGGGUGACAUUAAAGCACCGAAAGUUGAUAUUGAAGGUCCAGAUGUGGAUAUUGAGGGUUCAGGAGGCUUCAAGAUGCCUAAAUUCAAAAUGCCAACUUUUGGAGGCAAAGGUCCAAAAGUUGAGGGCCCUGAUAUUGAUGUAAAUCUACCAAAGACGGAUAUUGAUGUCAAAGGUCCUAAGAUUGAUUUGAAAAGCCCAGAUAUUGACAUUGAAGGACCAGAAGGGAAAAUCAAAGGUCCCAAAUUCAAAAUGCCAACCAUAUCCGGUCCAAAUAUCUCAAUGCCAGAUAUAGACUUUAAUCUUAAAGGCCCCAAAUUAAAAGGGGAUGUGGAUGUCUCAGUUCCCAAGAUUGAGGGAGACAUUAAAGCACCGAAAGUCGACAUUGAAGGUCCAGAUGUGGAUAUUGAGGGAUCAGGAGGCUUCAAGAUGCCUAAAUUCAAAAUGCCAACUUUUGGAGGUAAAGGUCCAAAAGGUGAGGGCCCUGAUAUUGAUGUAAAUCUACCAAAGGCAGAUAUUGAUGUCAAAGGUCCUAAAAUUGAUCUGAAAAGUCCAUCUAUUGACAUUGAAGGACCAGAAGGGAAAAUCAAAGGUCCCAAAUUCAAAAUGCCAACCAUAUCCGGUCCAAAUAUUUCAAUGCCCGAUGUAGACUUUAAUAUUAAAGGCCCUAAAUUAAAAGGGGAUGUGGAUGUCUCAGUUCCCAAGAUUGAGGGUGACAUUAAAGCCCAGAAAUUUGACAUUGAAGGUCCAGAUGUGGAUAUUGAGGGAUCAGGAGGCUUCAAGAUGCCUAAAUUCAAAAUGCCAACUUUUGGCGGCAAAGGUCCAAAAGUUGAGGGCCCUGAUAUUGAUGUAAAUCUACCAAAGACGGAUAUUGAUGUCAAAGGUCCUAAGAUUGAUCUGAAAAGCCCAGAUAUUGACAUCGAAGGCCCAGAAGGGAAAAUAAAAGGUCCCAAAUUCAAAAUGCCAACCAUGUCCGGUCCAAAUAUCUCAAUGCCUGAUAUGGACUUCAAUCUUAAAGGCCCUAAAUUAAAAGGGGAUGUGGAUGUCUCAGUACCCAAGAUUCAGGGUGACAUUAAAGCUCCAAAAGUUGACAUUGAAGGUCCAGAUGUGGAUGUUGAGGGAUCAGCAGGCUUCAAGAUGCCUAAAAUCAAAAUGCCAACCUUUGGUGCCAAAUUUCCAAACAUUGAGGGCCCUGAUAUUGAAGUAAAUCUACCAAAGGCAGAUCUUGAUGUCAAAGGCCCUAAGUUUGAUCCGAAAAGCCCAGAUAUUGACUUUGAAGGACCAGAAGGCAACAUCAAAGGUCCCAAAUUCAAAAUGCCAACCAUGUCCGGUCCAAAGAUCUCAAUGCCUGAUGUGGACUUUAAUCUUAAAGGACCUAAAUUCAAAGGAGAUGUGGAUGUCUCAGUUCCCAAGAUUGAGGGUGAUAUUAAAGCACCGAAAGUUGACAUUGAAGGUCCAGAUGUGGAUAUUGAGGGAUCAGGAGGCUUCAAGAUGCCUAAAAUCAAGAUGCCAACUUUUGGUGGCAAAGUUCCAAAAGUUGAGGGCCCUGAUAUUGAUGUAAAUCUACCAAAGGCUGAUCUUGAUGUCAAAGGCCCUAAGAUUGAUAUUAAAAGCCCAAAUAUUGACAUUGAUGGACCAGAAGGGAAAAUCAAAGGUCCCAAAUUCAAAAUGCCAACCCUUUCCGGUCCAAAUAUAUCAAAGCCGGAUGUGGACUUUAAUCUUAAAGGACCUAAAUUCAAAGGAGAUUUGGACGUCUCAGUUCCCAAGAUUGAGGGUGAUAUUAAAGCACCAAAAAUUGACAUUGAAGGUCCAGAUAUGGAUAUUGAGGGAUCAGGAGGCUUCAAGAUGCCUAAAAUCAAAAUGCCAUACUUCGGGAUUAAGGGGCCCAUAGUGGAGGGUGGUAAUGCUGAAAUAAAUGUUCCCAAACUUGACGCUGACAUUAAAGGUCCUGUUGUGGAUAUCAAACACCCUGAGAUUGGCAAGGGUCACAUCAUUGAUAGCAGUCUUGAAGGCCCUGAUGCGGAUAUCAAUUUCAAGGGAAAGAAGGGGAAAAUGAAAAUGCCCAAGGUGAAAGGAAAGAUGAAAUCUGAUAUUACUGUUGAUUCUAAAUCUGGCAAUGUUGAGCUAGCUGCAGACUCGCCUGACUUGCAUCUCAAAGGACCUAAGGUUAAGAAACCUUUGUUUGGAAAAUUACAUUUUCCGGAUGUGGAAUUUGACAUAAAAUCCCCAAAGUCUAAAGGUGGUAAUUCAGUUUCUGGAAAUUCAAAAUCAGUUGAAAUUGAUUCAUCUCCUGGAAGUCUUAAAGCAGAUUUACCGGGUGUUGAUAUUCAGACACCACAUGUUAGUUUGGAGGGUGUAGACAUCAAAGCUAAAAAAUCCAAAAUCAAAAUGCCAAAGUUAAUCUCAGGAUCCAAGGUCAAAUCUGCUGAUGUUGAUGUUAACGUUCAAAAGCUGCAUUCACCUGAAAUGAGUAUGAAUCUGGGUGCACCUGAUGUUAGCUUAGAAGGGCAUGGCAUAAAAGUUGAGGCCCCUGAGAUAAAAGGGACUUUUGAAGGUAGAGUGAAGGGGCGCACAGAGGGAGAAGGCUUUAAAGCAGAAGGACAUCAGGGGAUAGAUCUGAAUAUGCCAUCUGGAAAGUUUCAAGUACCCCAUGUAGGUUCUUCAGAUGUGAAAACAGGAGAAAUAGUCAUGCAUACAGAUUUUGCAGUAUCAAGUGCAACUGAUUAUCCCGAGGGUAAUGUAACCUUUCCUAAGAUUAAAGUGCCAAAAUUUGCUAUAGCCUCGCCUCAGGUAGAAGGAAGGGAGAUGGGUGUGGAUGUAGGGUCCGGAGAAUUAAGUGCUAGUGGUAAUGUUAGUUCAAGUCUGGAGACACCAUGCCCAGAUUUAAAAAGCAGUGGCGUCAAAGUCAAAGUCAAAAAGCCACGAUUCUUUGGCAAAUCUAAACCUAAGGGUGGAAGUGCAGCUGAUCUUACGUUUCAGGGACCUGAAGUUGAAGCUAAGGGGGGUGCCAAAGUGUCUAAAGGAUUAAGUGCAAGUUCUGGGGAGCUUAUAGCUGGAAAGACCUUAGAGGGGAGUUCUGGUUUAAAAAUUUCACCCAAGAGUAAAUCUGCUUCACUUGAUCUUUACAAGAAAUCGAGGCAUCGUUCUUCAUCACUCAGUGAUGAAGGAGAACUUGCUUCCCCUACUUCUAUUGAAGGGCAUUUACAGACAGAAAGUGGUGACAUUUCAAUGGAUGUUGGAGGCGCUAAAGUGAAAGGCAAAAAAGGAGUUCUGAAGUUUGGUACAUUUGGUGGGUUUAGUUCAAAGUCCAAGGGUUUGUAUGAAGUGACACUUGGAGAGGAUAGUGAAGCAAAGAUUGAAGGUGCUGGAGUUGUUUCCCCUUCAAAGAAGUCUAGAGUGUCAUCAACAUCUAGCAGUGAUAGUGUUUCAAAGGGUGGUUUUCGCUUCCCAAAAGUUGAAAUUGCUGUUUCACCAAAGAAAUGAUAUGCUUUGAUAUGAUUAAAAGGCACUCAUGUUUAGCCUUUUUAUAUACUAUGAGUUCACAUACAGUCUAAUGCUUUAUACUAGACAGCUACUUUAUAAGCCUCAUCUAACUACAGUGCACUGUCAUAGACAUUUUGUCCAGAUUCCUUUUGCCAUUCCAAAUAAUAGUUCAUUCAUUUUGCUGGGGUACAUAUCAUGCCUUAUAACUGUAAAUAAGAGAAAUCUGUAUUGUAAUUUUCAUUAUCAUUUGUAAAUAGUAAAAAAAAUUGACUACCAUCACAUUUUCUAUCCACUGCCACAGCAAUAUUGAAAUGGCAUAUUUGCAUGUGGUUUUAACUCUUUUUGUGAUAUGAUAAUUAUAUUUUUGUAUUUGUUAAUCUUUAGGGGAAUUGGUUUAGCAAGCAUCUGUCAAAUAUGUGUUAACAGGUUUUAUGUGCCUUUCAUAUACAGCUUUAUUCAAAACAAACAAACCUAGAACAUUUAAUAUAAUUAUGAUUUUAUCAUUUUGAAAUUAAGUCUGUAUAAUACUAAAAAGUGAUUUUUUUUAAAAAAGUGACUGUUCAUUAAAAUGACAUUUUAUAUUUUAGAUCUGUAAAAAUGUAAAUAAACUGAUGAUACACUUUGAUAUGGGAAUUAUCCUUUUAGUACCAAAUAAACAAUAAGCCAAAUAAUUAUGCAAACAUGUUACAGAAGUUAUAUUUGAUAGAUCUUGAACUUGCACAGAUCAGUAAACCAAUAACUGUAUCAGACAUUACUAUUCGAAUGAACAUUUUGAGAUUGCUAUGUUCUCCUCUCCUCCCCAACACUUUAAUUUUACCAAGUGAAUUGCUGUGCUUGAAUUAUUAUUUUUUUUUUUAAUUUUCUGUCAUCUGCAAAACCAAAUAAAGUGUUCAGUUAU